GCCGUUCGUCGGCAUUUCUGCAUUUGCCGUGAUGCUCCAACUGCCAGAGACGAGCCGCCAGUCCAUCAUGAGCAGCAGCUCCGCUCGUACUAGCGCCCGUCGACCUGGCCUCAAGAAGAAGAAGAAGCCGACGUCGCACCACGCCCAAGGCCUCUGGCGCAAGGAAGAGCACGAGCGCUUCCUCAUUGGCCUCCAGCUCUUUCCCCAAGGCCCGUGGAAGGCGAUCGCUGAGAUCGUUCAGACGCGCACCGCCAAGCAGUCGCAAACGCACAUGCAAAAAUGCAAAGAAAAGAUGGUCCGGAAGCUCCGAGAACACAACAUGCUCGCCGCCGACGACGCCUCGGAACCGACGUCGGCGGCUUCCAACCGGUGCAAGCAGGCCGCGAGUCUCCACGUCUCGGCCGUGACACCGAUCCCUUUUCACAGCGCGGCCGGUGCGGCCUUGGCCCCCAACAGCCUCGUAUCGAGCGACCAAGCGAGUGCUGUGUCGCUCGAGGACUCGCUCGAUUUUUUUAUUGCCACAAUGCCGAUGGGCCGCUUGCGGCUCUAGUUGUACCUUAACCUAAUAACUGCUAACUUGAAUUUAUUCUUAUCG